ACGGCAGCCCGGCGACGACGACGACGACGACGACGAGGACGACGACGACGAGGAGGAGGAGGAGGGGGGGCAGGCCGCCCGGCCCUCUGAGGAGACGCGGACCCGAACCGGCCGAGGGGACAGCGCGGGGCCGGGGCCGGGACCGCCGCCUCCCUCAGGGACCCGUCAGGGGGGCGCCGACAUGGACAACACCACCGUGGGCAGCACAACCGUGGGCAGCACCACCGUGGUCAACACAACCAUGGGCAGCACCUCCAUGGGCAGCACAACCAUGGGCAGCACCGCCAUGGACAACACAACUAUGAGCAGCACCGCCCUGGACAACACAACCAUGAGCAGCACCGCUAUGGUCACCACAGCCAUGGGCAGCACCGCCGUGGACAACGCAACCGUGGGCAGCACCGCCCUGGACAACACAACCAUGACAAGCACUGCCAUGGACAACACAACCAUGAGCAGGACUGCCAUGGUCAGCGCAGCCAUGGGCAGCACCGCCGUGGACAACACAACCGUGGGCAUCACCGCCCUGGACAACACAGCCAUGAGCGGCACUGCCAUGGGCAGCACCGCCGUGGACAACACAACCAUGGGCAGCACCGCCAUGGACAACAUAGCCAUGGGCAGCACCGCCAUGGUCAACACAGCCAUGGGCAGCACCGCCAUGGCCAACGCAGCCAUGGGCAGUACAACCAUGGGCAGCACCGCCAUGGCCAACACAGCCAUGGGCAGCACAGCCAUGGGCAGCACCGCCCUGGAUAACACAACCAUGGGCAGCACCACCAUGGACAGCAUAGCCAUGGGCAGCACCGCCAUGGUCAACGCAGCCAUGGGCAGCUGCGCCAUGGGCAUCACAACCACGGGCAGCACCGCCGCCACCGUGGGCAGCAGGCCCGGGGAGGCGGACGGGAGCGGCAGCAGCAGCAGCCUCGCCCCGAGCCCCGCCAGCCUCGACUCCCUGGACUCCUUCUCCAACCUUCAGUCGUGCCCCAGCAGCUCCGAGCUGACCAGCGAGGACGGGGCCGAGGAGCCGGGGGCCGUGGCGGGCCGGGCCCCGGGCGAGGACGGAGGAGGCCCCGCCGCCUCCUGGGCGGCCUCCAAGGAGCGCUUCCCCGGACAGUCCCUCUACCACAUCAAGUGGAUCCAGUGGAAGGAGGAGAGCACCCCCAUCAUCACCCAGAACGAGAACGGCCCCUGCCCUUUGCUGGCCAUCCUCAAUGUCCUGCUUCUGGCCUGGAAGGUGAAACUGCCACCGAUGAUGGAAAUCAUAACUGCCGAACAACUCAUGGAAUAUUUAGGAGACUACAUCCUUGAUGCAAAACCAAAAGAUAUUUCGGAAAUUCAACGAUUAAACUACGAGCAGAAUAUGAGUGAUGCCAUGGCGAUCUUGCACAAGCUCCAGACGGGCCUGGAUGUCAACGUGAAAUUUACGGGGGUGCGGGUCUUCGAGUACACCCCGGAAUGCAUCGUGUUUGACCUCCUCGCCAUUCCCCUGUACCACGGCUGGCUGGUGGAUCCCCAGAUUGCUGACAUCGUGAAAGCUGUGGGGAACUGUAGCUACAACCAGCUGGUGGAGAAGAUAAUCUUCUGUAAACAGUCCGACAACAGUGAGUUGGUUAGCGAAGGGUUUGUUGCCGAGCAGUUUCUCAAUACCACAGCCACCCAGCUGACGUACCAUGGACUGUGUGAGCUGACUUCUGCCGUUCAGGAAGGAGAACUCUGUGUCUUCUUCAGGAACAACCAUUUCAGCACCAUGACCAAGUACAAGGGGCAGCUGUACCUGCUGGUGACCGACCAGGGUUUCCUGACGGAAGAGAAGAUUGUGUGGGAGAGCCUGCACAACGUAGAUGGGGACGGGAACUUCUGCGAUUCCGAAUUCCACCUGCGGCCUCCUUCCGACCCGGAGACGGUGUACCGGGGACAACAGGAUCAGAUCGAUCAGGACUACCUAAUGGCCCUGUCCCUCCAGCAAGAGCAGCAGAGUCAGGAGCUCAACUGGGAGCAGAUCCCAGAAGGAAUCAGCGACCUUGAGCUGGCGAAGAAACUGCAAGAGGAGGAGGACCGCCGGGCCUCGCAGUAUUACCAGGAGCAGGAACAGGAGCAGGCCCAGGCGGUUGCGGUGGCCGCGGCGGCCGCCGCCGCCCAGAUGCAGGGCCAGCCCGCGCCGGGGGCGGCCUCCCCGGCCAGCAGCCGGGCCCCCGGGAGCGGCGAGCGCAAGCGGAAGGAGCCCCGGGAACGAGACAAGGAAAAGGAAAAGGAGAAGAACAGCUGCGUCAUCUUGUAACCCGGGGCGGGGUCGUGCCGGGGUCCGGCGCCAGCUGCUCGCUCGCUCGCUCGCUCCCUCCCUCCCUCCCUCCACGCCGUCUGUGCCUCAUCACCCGGCGGACUCCGUUCCCGCCCCUAAAGGCGGCGGGAUCCCCGCUCACGGUGCGCCUCCCCCGGCCCCGCCGAGGCCUCCGGGAGCGAGGGGACGGGGCGCGGAGCCGGUCACGAGGAACGCCGCACUUUGUAGCCGCACACGCGAAUCACGGCAAGUUUUGUGUCAUAGUGACAUCCGUUACUCACGAUAUCAGUUGGUAAGCUAGCCCAUCUUCUGUUCCCGGCAGGAACGGAGGUCAUCGGGCCGGGCCGGGCCGGCGGGCCCCGGCCUGCCGUCGUCCCAGCGGCCCGAGCGAUUCUUCCGUUCCUUUCACGGUUUCCAAUGACGUUUCUGACCCCCGCCCCGGGAAUCCUGGGAAUCCUCUGGGGGGUGGAUUCGUUGGGGGCUGCGGCCCCAGGAGAGGGAGAGAAAGAGAGAGAGAGAGAGAGAGUUCUUCUCGGGGCGGGGUUUUGGCCAUUGAGGACGAAAGAAGUUUUCCGUUGGUUGGAGGGAGUGGGCCGAGGACGGGCCCGCCCCGUCCCCUCGAGCCCGAGCCGGGGUCACCCUCAGAUCCCGCUGGGACCCCACGGUGUCCGUGUUGCGUUUCCAGCCGGCCGGAGCCCCGCGUCGCGGGGGAGGAAGGGGGACCCGUCGGGUAGGAGCGCCCUUGUAGAAACGCAGAAUUAAAGUAACUCAGAAAAGCUUAAUAUCUGCCUUUUUCCAGAGAUACCUUGAACCUUAAUGAGAAAUUCUAGCGUCCAAGUAAGCUAAAUGCAGAUGCUUUCUUUCCAAACAUCCCGUACAAAUCAAAGCACACUCCCGUGAGGAUGGAGAGCCGGGACUCUGAGAGGCAACUGGGGAGACCCUUCCCUGCCAGAGGCCAGAGGAGGGGGCGGGGGCUCUGUUUUUAGAAUGACCCGCGGAGAGCCCGGCCGGAACCAAUCAAGGUUUUCUAACGUACGGGAAUCCGGUGAACACGCGACCUCCUCGGCGCCUGUACGGGAGGUGGAAAGAGCAUAUUCGUCCAGAUUUAGACCGGGGCCGGGAGGGGAGGUGGGAGGACACCGCGAAACCGCCUGCCCCCCCGUUGCGAAAAAUCUCUGAAUCGUCCUUUUGAUAAGCUUUCUACUUUGCGAUUUGGUUUUACUCGUUUUUGUACGGGCCGCAGAAGAAAAAACAAACGGUUGCGAUCCCCACUCUAAGCCUAGCCAAGCGCAUUUCCGUCGGAGAGCUCCACGGGUCCGAGGGUCGGGCUGGGGAAGGACCGUUCCGGCUAGUUUUCUAACGACCACGAACUCAAGCCACUUGCCGUCCGGCUCGGUCUCCUAAAAAGCGGCCGGGAUCGGGGGCGUUGCGACCGGAGCAGGCUCGGGGUGGAGCUGACUCCCUGCGCCGCGUCCUCGGAUUCUUUCGGCGGCGCACGAACACGCGUGGGCGCGGAUGGCCCUGGGAGGGCCCGGGCUCCCGCUCCCGGCGAUCACGCUCCGCUCCGCGACGUCACGCGAUGUCUCUUGGCUCUCUCAUUCCAGAACAGUCCCUUCCCCGUCCCGUGGCCGGCGACAGCUCCACGGGCGUCCCGACGACCUUCCGUCCGACGACCCGAGGGAGCGGAGGAGGGAAGGGGCAGUGGGCGGGAGGGGACCGACCAAGCUCUCGGGAGCAACCACCUCCCCUCUCCCCCGACCCCCGGCCGCUCCGAGAUCAAGCUCAUUUAGAUUUAUUUAUUGCUCUUGAAAAAACACCCCGUCCACCUUCGGCCCUCAUCCUCUAACCCUUUCCAAAGAUGACACUGCCACCGCCCGCCCGCCCGCCCCAGAAACCCCACGGUCAAACCUUCACCAGCACUGCUGCUACCGGAGAGCUCCACCGUCUAGUUCCCAGAAGAGCACUAAACGCGUAUUUGCAAAUUGCAACAUUUUCUAUGUAGUGUUUCCAUGUCUGUGUCUUUCUUACACUCCUGAAGUCCGGUUUGUCGUACGGGGAACGCGGUGAUGAAAUGUCCUGUUCGAUCACCACGGGAGGAAAAAAAAAAUUAAACGUCUUCGGUUGCUAUAGAA